AUGCACGGGCACGGCCUUUUCAACUGGUGGGGAUUUUCUCCCGCUUUGAAUUUCUUGAAUUACAUCAAUGAUGGCAAUAAAAGGGCAGACUUGGUGCAAGUACUUGUCGUGGGGGCUGGGGACAUUCGCCACCUUCUCAUGACUCUUGCCGACGUUACCAACAGGCCCGGAGCAAGACUCACGGUGUACGUUCUGGAGGCCCAGGUGGAGCUCUACGCCCGGCUUCUUGUGCUCCUCGGGGCUUGCCUGGAGCCCGGCUUUGGUUUGAGGGAGAGGGCGAACCUCCUCCUCGACCUCUGGGGGAAUCUGUGCCUCAGACCAGUCACUAAGGAUUACCUUGAAGUAGUUUCUCGAAGAUUUUGCCUGUGGGUCACGGACGCAGCACGGUACCCUUCCCUCCUUGGCAUCGUCUCGUGUUCCCGUCUGAAGUACCGAGAGAGAGACGCCCUGGAUGCAGUGUUUAGGUCGUGGUAUACACUCUCCCACCGUGAUUACGACCCACCCCGCGCCUGGGACGUGAGACUUCGGCAACUCUUCAAGACGAGAUACGAUUACCGACAGGCGGAUGCGGAAUGGGCGUGGCACAUGCGCAUGACCUAUCGCCUUCGGGAACUGCCGGGCGUGGUCGGGGGUGAAAGAGACGGGCGUGCGGAGGGCGAGGACGAGGGGAAAGUCAGUGACAAUCAGGACGGGUAUGUGGGCGUGGGGGCGGGAUGGGGAGAGGAGUUCUUGGAGUGGAGGAUGUGCGGCCACGCCUUCGUGACCGCCACCGAUUCCAGACCCAUCUUGGCCAACACCACUCUGGCGUCAGUGGCAACGGUGCACGACGGCUGCAGCCGGCACCGGCGCGUCGGUUACUGGGGAGACGUCCUGAGCGGCCCCUUCCCCGCCCUGGCCCUCGCCUCCGCCUCCCCUUCGGUCACCAAGAAGGAGAACGGGAAAAGCAAAUGUAAUGGAACGCAGAUUGCCCAGUGGAACUUGGAGAACUUACUGGGAAAUUUGUGGAAAAGGUCGGCGUGUAAGUCGAGCAGUGACUCGAGUGAAGCGACUAGUGAUUCAAGCAGUGAAGCAGGCAGUAAAUCAAGCGACGCUUCCGCCAGCCGCAGCAGUGCCACUAGUGAUGAAGCGGAAUCUAAAUCAGAUGACGAACAGGACAAUGAAUCGAAUGGAAGCGGGUCGAUUAACGAAAGGAGGGAUGGUUCCCGGGAUGGAUCAAAAAGUGGAUCCAGUGAUGGAACCAGCGGUGAAUGGAGUCGAUCGGGCGAGGAAUCAAGUGGAACCGAAACUGGAUCAGGCGAUGGGACGGGUACAGGAUCAAGUGGAACAAGCAGUGGUUCCAGUGGUGAAACGGGUACGGGAUCAGGCGAAGGAGAGAAAACGGAGGCGAGUGGUGAUGGAUCGAAGAGCGAUUCGAAUCACUCAUCGAGCGAUAUAUCGAGUAACAGUUUGAAUGAUGACUCAGUUAGUGGUUCAGAUAAUUGUUCAGGGAAUGAUUCGAGCAAAGGGUCAAUUAACGAAUCAAAGGCUGAGUCACAAGACAACCAACACGGCAAGGAAAAUGAAUGGAAAGAUCCUUCCGGCCGGGCCAAGAAGUUAUCCAGUUCGUCGCAGUCUUCAACAAAGGACGAGGAACACAGGACUGCCGAGAACUACCUGAGAGUGGAGGGCGUGGAGGUGGUUCUGCUGUCUCCAACACGCCUAAAUGACCUCAGCACAUUAUCAGAGAUUCAAGGAGGACUGGACAUGGUGUACCUCUCAGUCGCGACGGCGCACCUCCUCACGCCCUCGCUCGCCCACGCCCACAUUCUCCCUGAAACGACUCUCCUUUUGGAAACGGCCAGAAUGUUCCCGGAGCUGACCGAUGCCCAGGUCGCCGAGUACGAGGCGAGGGUCCGGACGUCGGCGGAGGAGGCUGGGUGGGUGGCGCAGGACUCCCCCCCUCUCUGCCACCUCCGCUUCGGCAGGAAGAUGUGA